AUGGAUCUUAUUAAUCCUGCAGUUGGAUAUAUAUUAGCUAUGAGAAUUGAAUGUUCUUUGAAAAUGUCUGAAGUAAUCAAGCCAAAAUUAAAGUCAAGGUUGUUUAAUAGACCCAAAAUACAAUUAGAACUUAAAUGUGGCACUCAAAAUGCUUUUACUGCAUUGUCUGAAUUAAGACAAAGCAACGACGACAAAACAGAAAAAGUUGCAGUUUGGGAUGAACAUAUAUUUUUCAAUCUUUCAUCAAAAGAUGAUGAAUUAGUAAUUUACGCUUACAAUCAUUUAUGUGGUGGAGCUGAAAGUCGUCUUGGCAAAGCCGUAAUUAAUUUUAAUAAUUUAAAAAAAAAGCGUCCAAUUAAAGUAACUGAAAAAUUAAUCCACACUGACGGUGACAAUAUCAAUGGUCGUGUCGAGUUUUAUUUAUAUUUUCUUGCUAAGGGACUAAAUCAUGAGAAUGGUAUACCAUUAUAUGAUGAUUCAAGUUAUAAUAAAAUUGGAAUGUUUAUCAUUAGCGAGAUAAAUUAUGUUGAUUUGUAUGGAAUGAAUGGAUUGAUGGAAUUUAUGUUGAACGACAAAGAAAGGCAUUCAACAAAAAAAUAUUGGCGUAUUAAUGAGAGACAUUUUAAAGGCCAUAUUGCAUUGCGUGUAAACACAUUAAACAAUAUCACGUUGUUAAUACAAUGUCGACACAGUGAUGGAAAGCUUUCUUCAAGGAAAAUUAUUCUUUCUUCUGAUACCGAGGAUCGAAGUAUUUGGGAAAAAUUAAAAACGAGUAAUCCCUAUUUGGAAGAAACAUUGCAGAUGAAUGGUAUUGAAUAUGCCAGAAUCUCUUUUCAACUAUCAUUUUUUCGGAUGGUAUAUCCAAAAGAAGUAUUAUGUCCACCUACACCAAAUUAUCCUCAUCCCGCAAAUCAACCAACAACUCCAGAUUCAACAAUCGAACCCAAUUUCAUAGAUAUUCAAUCUUCUGAUGAAUUUGAUAACACAGAUAACCCUUUCGACGACGACGAUGGUUGUUCUAGUAAUAGGGAUAGUAGGAUUGAAGGUCAAAGUUUUGAUGAAUAUAAUGGAAAUAAUGGUAGUGGUGGUGAUUACGUUAUAACAUCUGGCGGUAAUAGUAGCAAUGGUUCUCGAUCAAUAAUUACAACGCCAUCGCCUCCGCCAAUAUGUGAAGAUUCAGAACAAGUAAUUUUUGAUGCUUUUGUGUCAGAUGAUUUGAUUCAAGGAUCUCACAGUCAAAUCUAUCAAACAAAAGUCUUCAAGGGUCAUCACACGUUAACCAAGGAUGCUGUUAUUAUAAAAUCUUUUGCUUCCAAAAAUUAUUUUAGUAAUGAAGUUUACUAUCUUCAAAAAUUAAGAUCAGCACAUGUUGUAAAGUUUAUCACUUCCGAUGAAGACGAGUACCUAUCAAUAGUGGAAGAUUUUGGUAGAGCCUUGGCAAAGGAAGCUCAUAAAUUUAACGAUACUAUUAGUAUUUUUAAAGUAUUUAAAAAUAUUUGUGCUGCAGUAAAACAUUGUCAUGACAAAGGCGUUGUUCACAUGAAUAUUUCUCCCAGCAAUAUAAUUUGCAAGUCUAAAAAAGAUGAAAUAGACAAGAUCAGAUUAAUAGAUUUUAAAUUAUCAAAAGAUUUAGGCGAAGAUUUACAAAUUGAACUGCCAUCAUCGUCACCAAGUUUUUUAAACAACAAUCCAUACAAUCAAUUAUAUAGCGUCGGUUACACUUGUCCCGAGCUAAUAUUAUUAAACCCACCCUUAAUGUUCGCGUCUAAUCAAUAUCAACAACAAUCAAUAAAACCUGGUAAUAUUUGUUCAUACAAAAUAAAGGUUAAGACAACAAUUGAUGUAUUUAGUCUUGGUGCAAUUUUAUUCUUUUUGCAUGUUAAACGUCCAUUAUAUGAAUCAGUCAAAAAAUUGAAGGCCAGUUUAGAUAAUUUGAAUAAAGUUUUGGAUCAAGAAGAUAUAGAAAAUCAGGUCGUUAGGAGUUUAAUUGUUGGAUGUUGCAAGUUCAAAGAAGAUGAAAGAAUAUCUGGUGUUGAUAAGAUUUUUGAAUUAAUUGAAAGAAUCGAGAGAGAAUCUGAUUUGGGAGGAUAUAACAGUUAUGAAAAUAACGCAGAAAUACACUGCUAG